AUGAGUGCUAAAACAAACCAAUUCCAAUUAUUCCCGCCUCCUCCGGCUGAGAUGAAGAAGUCUAAUAAUCCGUUUCGAAAGGCUGGGAAGAAAGCAGCUGUGAAAGCUGAGCCGGGCUCCCCGAUUCCUCUUGAAGAGAUCAAAGACCCUGCGAAGACCGAGUCUCUACUGCUUCGGAUCAUCGAAGAUACUCAAACCAUUCCGCCCCCGCCACCUGGAAAUCCUGAGAGAUCCAGAUCGCCGCCCUCGUUGACGAAAACCGUCCAGAACUCCAUGUCUCCACAGUCCAUGCACAGUCAGAAUCGUCAAGCUAAGAAAUCAAACCAGCAAACCGAGGUCUCACAAAAAAGCCAUAGCAGUAGCAGUAGCAGCUAUACUGCAUCGUCCACUGUCUCUCCACAAUCUUCGCAGUCCUCAGCUUCGCCUAUCCCUAUGAGAUCAAUGUUCCCCCAAUUUGAUCUGAGUUUGCCUGUCAAUCAGCAGUCAUAUCAACAGCAGAUGCCGAAUAGCCCACAGCAUACCAAGUCCACUCGCAAGCCUCCCAAGCUCACGUUGACCACAAGUAACCACGUUGAUCAUGUUCUUGCGCCGAAAACUGUUCCCGCGAGUGUGCUUGACUUCCCGGCUGGUUCUUGGGAACCGGAGGAAGUCCGAUACUCCUCCAAUGAUGAACUGAUGAUGCUGUGGGAGACUGCCAAUGGACAAAGACCUGAGAGCCUUGUCGGCACGUUGAGUCUGCGGAUGACAAAAACUGGACCUGCUACGUUCACAUUUGGCAACUCUCAGCAGCCUUUCUAUACUCUGCAGACAUAUUCCACCGAUGAACUAUCCCUUAGUAGAAGUGACCCAUCAAGACCAAACAAUGACGUUCCUAUCAUGAUGAUGAGUCUGGAAGAUCGCAUCCGCCGCGAACAUCCCAACGACGGCCUCGUCACUCUCCUGUUCUCCAGACUGGCCGCCAUGCUAGCCAUUGACCAAGCAGAAGAGAUCAGCAGGCAGCAUCAUCUAGGUCCUUCUGAAGCAUCCGAAAUUGAAACCGAUGCGUUGAAACGAGCCGCCGCACAAGAGUCCUGCCAACUCUCCUGGAAUCGUCACCAACGAUUCUAUGAGUUGAGACAUCCUUCACUGUCAAGACGCCAGCCGCCGGCUCUGGUCGGCGCAGCUGGUAUCCCGCUAUCCCCAGUGCGCUCCCAGUCCUCCGGGAGGGUUCACAUUACAGUCUCCGCACCAUCGAGCGAUAGCUCACUUCACCAACCACCAACAAUCAUAGUAACCGGCCCAGUCUCAUCGACAGCCAUGGAAGCCGCACAGCAAGCAGCAAAUCCUAGGACCUCAACACUCCCAGUAACAGACCUAGAUGAACCACUUGCCUCGUUAGACUUCGGCACAAAAACACUCCGCAUCUCCCCGGCAGCCGUGCUAGCAACUAUUCCAUCCCUCUAUGCAAUUGACUCCCUCAUCGCGGCAAUCCUAGCCGUCGCUGUCUCAGAUGAAGCCACAAACCCGAUCCUGGCAGAUAUGGUCCUUGGCUCACCUAAACCGCCGCGACCGACUACAUCCUACACCGCUGCGGCUCACUCCAUGCCUGUCUUCCAGGGUAAAUUGGUCACGACCCUUGCAGAGCGCGAAGACACAGCUGAGAGUAUGUUCCUUGCAUCGCAGAUCAAAUCUGUACAGAAAGAGUCCAAAGAUUCUUCUGAUAAGAAAGGUUUAUUCGCGUUCUGGAAUAAAACAUCUUCCAAGCCGAAGCCGCAGGACGGUGGUCGUGGCAAGAAGAAGAAUAAGAAUCAACAGAUUGUUGUUGAGGAGUUCGAUCUUGAAAAGUACGGGCGGUAUGGAGGUGGGAAGCGCGAGGGCAAGAAAUUGCCUGGGAUUACGCGCAGUAUACUGCGAAUCUUGUUCUUUGGUCUUGAUCUUAUUGUGAAAGGGUUGACGCUUAUUGUUAAGAUUUUGGCUUGGUUAUUGGUUAAUGCGACGCGGUGCGUUACUAGUGAGAAAUUUUGA